AUGUCUCGUCAAAGUAUUUUUCUUAAGUCAGCCAAUGUUGUCGCCUUUCUAUUAGUUAUCGUCGUUAAUUAUAUUGUAUUUAAGAACGACGAAAGUAAACAACCGGAUACUGAACCAGGCGAUAAUAAUACUUUAUCAUUUGUAAACGAUAAAGUAACAUUUCCGGAAACUCAUCUUUUACCUGCAGAAUAUACUUUUAAAAUUUGGCCUUUUAUUUAUACCUUACUUGGCGGUUUUAUCCUUUAUCAAUGGACUGAUGCUGCUGAUGCUGUAACCGUUGAAGGAAUUCAAUAUUAUCAUGUUAUUGCCAGCAUUUUGAACGUUACCUGGUUAUUGACUUGGCGCAACAAGAGUCUCGUUCUCCUCGACGCUUUUGUUCUUGUUGCUCUCUUUUUAGUCACUUUCAAAGCAUAUAAUAAUAUUACGGAAUAUUAUCCUCCAAAGGUUAUUUGGGAUCGAUUGUUCAUUCAUUACCCUUUUACAAUUUAUGCGGCGUGGACUCUCGUAGCGACAAUUUUGAAUUUUUGGGUAGCAAUUUCCAUACUUGAUACCGUAUUCUUGUCCACCGUUGCCAUCGCAUUUCUUGGAGCUGUUGGGAUUUACUUUUCUGAUUACCAUAAAAGAAAUGACGCCAUGUUUGCGUCUACCAUUGCUUGGGCACUUGUUGGAAUUGCGAAUAAACAUCAAGAUACGAUGCCAAUAUUGAUUGCAUCAUCCGUCGCUUCUGGUUUGAUUUUAGGUGGAGUUUUGAGAGUUUUUGAGAGACGGACGAUCGCUUGGUGGAAUUUAAGAAGAAAUAGAUUGUAUCCCGAAAACGAACCUUUACUUGUAUAA